AUGUGCUAUCAGGUGAAGUGCGGCAGCUGCGGCAAGCCCACGUGGGCGGGGUGCGGUCGCCACGUCGCGUCGGUGCACGCGCAGAUCCCGGAGGGCCAGCACUGCGCCUGCCGCAACUGGCCCGGCGUCGCCGCCGCCCCCGCUCCCGCCCCGGCCGUCGAGAAGAAGGCCUUGGGCGCCGCUGACAACGAUGCUGGGAAGGCCUCCGGCACCGCCGCUCCCGCGGAAGGCGGCGCUGCGCAGUGA